CUUUAUCUUAAUAAAGAUCUUAGUAAUAGUAUGGGAUUAUUUUUACAGAAAACUAAUAUUAUUCGAGAUUAUCUUGAACAUCUUCAAGCUGGAAGAACAUAGUGGCCAAAAGAAAUUUGGAUAAAUUAUGCAUCAGAUCUUUCUCAAUUUCAUAAAGAUCCACAUGGACAACAAAAUCUUGAAUGUCUAAAUCAUAUGGUUGUGAAUUCAUUUUCUCAUUUAUCUGAUGUUAUCCAAUAUCUUCGUCUUAUAAAACAUCCAAAAAAUUUUGAAUUUUGUGCAAUACCACAAUUAAUGGCUAUCGCAACACUUGUUCAAUUAUAUAAUAACCCAUUAGUAUUUACAUAUGUUGUUAGAAUACGAAAAGGACUUGCAUGUGAAUUAAUGUUAAAUUGUUCAGAUAUAAAACAAGUUGAAUAUUAUUUUUGUUUAUUUAUUAGCAAGAUUGAAAAGAAAAUUCCAAAAUAUUCUAAUAUUAAUAAUAAACAUAUGCAAGAAUUAAUUAAUAAUAUCAAACAAUUAUUUAAUUAA